UAUUGGACCAGCACUUACCGCCUCAAAAAGGGACGACCUUUUGACGUGGCAGCUCACUUCUCUCAUCAAACCACAUCCACUCCUUUCUGUCAAACAGCGACACAGACAUCGACCAUGGCUGCUACUCAACACACGCUGGAAACCCAGCAUGAAGACAUGAUUCAUGACGCUCAAUACGACUACUAUGGCAAGCGUCUCGCUACAUGCUCGUCGGAUCGCUCCAUCCGCAUUUUCGAUGUCGAUGGCGAAAACCACCGCUUGGCAGAUACCUUAAAAGGGCAUGAGGGACCAGUCUGGCAAAUUUCCUGGGCCCAUCCGAAGUUCGGCUGCAUUUUGGCCUCUUGCUCGUAUGACGGCAAGGUCUUUGUUUGGAGAGAGCAGAACGGUCAGUGGUCGCGUAUCAAGGAGCAUGCUCAGCAUACCGCCUCAGUAAACUCUGUCGCCUGGGCUCCCCAUGAGCUCGGACCUCUCCUGGCCUGUGCUUCCUCGGAUGGUCGGGUCUCUGUUCUUUCGUUCAAAGAUGACGGAUCGUGGGACACUGCAUUGUUGGAUGCACAUGCAAUUGGAUGCAACUCUGUCGGAUGGGCACCUGCAACUGUCCCUGGCUCGUUAAUCUCGCAGGGUCCUAACAGCGGCAAGGCUCCAGUAACAAAACGCUUUUGCACUGGAGGAUGCGACAACUUGGUCAAGAUCUGGGCUUACAGAGAGGACACGAAGACAUGGAAGGAGGAGGAUGUUCUCGAGGGUCACACUGACUGGGUUCGUGAUGUGGCCUGGGCCCCCAACAUUGGAGUGCCCAAGAGCUACCUUGCUAGCUGCUCACAGGACAAGACUGUGCUAAUCUGGACCCAAGAUACCCCGAACUCGCCCUGGCAGAAAAAGGCCCUUCGUGACGAGAAGUUUGCUGAUGUGGUUUGGCGUGUGAGCUGGUCGUUGAGCGGCAAUAUCUUGGCGGUGUCAUGCGGCGAUAACAAGGUGACGCUCUGGAAGGAGAACCUGAGCGGCGAGUGGGAGUGCGUGAGCGAGAUGGAGGAGAAGAACCUGGCAGGUGGAAACUAGGUGAUGUAGGACGAUUUUCGUUUCCUUCGCCUGCUUUGAGGAUAAAACGAUGAAGAGAUUUUUAGGAGAGUAGAUACUUUUGCGUCCAAUAAAUAUCGCAAUACAUACAAUGCUUCAAUGCCGCUGUGCAUAAUACUACCGUGCUCCGAUAUUUUCACUAGU